AUGGAUCCAUCAGCCUCUCUGCCCUAUAACGAGUUCAAUGAAGUGCUCACAUUUGGCCAGUAUGUGCCACAGCAUUCAAACGUAACCCAGCCUGCUCACCACGACUUCAUCCUCGCAGUUCCCACCAGCUCCAACGGUCCUCAACUCCGAGCUAAUUUUCAGCAAGGACCAAGACACACUGCCUCUUGCUUUGAUCUGGGGCAGCUUGAAUCUUACCAUAACGGCCACAACCAGACACAGGGGAAUUACGCGUUCUUACCGACCGAAUCCCAUCAUUAUCCACCGCUUCCCACGCCUCCGCAAUCGAUAAACAAAGAAACCCCUUCUUUUGAGAAAAGCACCGUGCUUCCUACUGUUGACGCAUUUUAUACUCCUUCGCCGCACCAGGUGCCAGUGGGUGGACAUCCGCUGCUUCACACACCCAUCGACGUUGGCAUGGACGGACUACUGGACCACAAAGCUAUUCCGAGAGUCCAAUCGUUCUCACUAGCAACACAGUCCCAUCAAGAAGCUUUGCAGAAGGUGAGACGCCGAAAUACAUUCCCCGAACGGUCUGCCAUAAGCAAAGAAAGAGAGGAAUUGAAGUUGUCUCGCAAAAAUAGAUGCUGUUUCAUCUGCCAAAAGGUUUUCAAUAGGCCUUCCGGGCUCAAGAUCCAUAUGUACAGUCAUACUGGUGAGAAGCCGUUUAGAUGCCAGUGGGAGAGCUGUGGAAAACCGUUCUCCGUGCGGUCAAAUUUGAUCCGCCACCACAAGAUCCAUCUACGGAAACAGGAACAAAGGGACAAGAACUACCGACAGGGUUACUAG